AUGGUUAUGUAAGGAAAAGUCGGUUUUGAGGAAGAAUGAUGAGUGUCUCGCAGGGCGAUAAGAGAUGCUAUCAUCAGUGACUUUGGUUUCGUUACGGGGCGGUGGGCGGUAGGUGCAGCGGGCUCGGAUCGAUUGAUAAACACACCUUCUGCGUAAAUAGAAAUGGCGCGAUGCGAGUAGCGUGACUCCCGUUGACAAGUGUCAUGUUGACGGAAUAGUUCAUGUAUAGGUCAUUAGGUCAUUAUGUAGUGUUCAUUAUGUAGUGUUCAUUUGGUACUGUGAGGAUGAACGAGAGUAAGCACAGGAUAUGUAUGAUCUCAGACUUCUUCUACCCAAACAUGGGAGGAGUGGAAGAGCACAUCUUCAACCUCGCGCAAUGUUUGAUUGGUCGUGGGCACAAAGUUGUAGUGCUCACCCACUCCUACAGUGAUCGUGUUGGUGUCCGUUACAUGACCAAUGGCCUCAAAGUUUACUACCUACCGAUUAAAGUUUUCUACAAUCAGUGUGUACUUCCAACGAUGAUAUGCUCCAUUCCCCUAAUCCGUUACAUUUUUAUUCGUGAAAAGAUCGAGAUCAUUCAUGGACACUCGGCAUUUUCUGCACUUGCACACGAAGGAAUGUUGGUGGGACGACUGAUGGCAUUGAAGACAGUUUUCACCGAUCACUCGUUGUUCGGAUUUGCUGAUGCCUCAGCUGUUUUGACGAAUAAGUGUCUGGAGAUUUCGUUGGCCGAUUGCAAUCACUGCAUCUGUGUGUCACACACUGGAAAGGAGAAUACAGUCUUGAGGGCUAAAGUGAAUCGGGAGAGAGUCUCGGUGAUUCCAAAUGCUGUGGACACUGCUUUAUUCACUCCUGAUAUCACGAAGAGGAAAAACAAUUGUAUCACUAUUGUCGUGGUGUCGAGGCUGGUGUAUCGAAAGGGAGUGGAUCUUCUGGCCCAGAUCAUCCCCGAGAUAUGCGCCAGGUACGAGAAUGUUCAGUUCUUGAUUGGAGGUGAUGGUCCCAAACGCUGGCUCAUCGAGGAGAUAAGGGAGAGAAAUUUACUCCAACAUCGAGUUACGUUACUUGGGAGUUUGGAGCACUCUCAAGUGAGGCAUGUCCUUAAUAAAGGACAUAUCUUCUUGAAUACUAGUUUGACGGAGGCGUACUGCAUGGCUAUUGUGGAAGCUGCUUCUUGUGGACUGCAGGUUGUUUCUACCAAAGUAGGAGGUAUCCCCGAAGUCUUGCCACCAGAAUUGAUUUACCUAGUUGAACCCACUGUCGAUGCACUUCUGGAAGGAUUAGAGAGAGCCAUUGCCGACUAUAAGAGGGGAAACAUCAUCUGUCCAUUUGAGGUGCACGAGAAAAUCGUCUCGUUUUACAACUGGUACGAUGUCACGAGGAGGACUGAAAUUGUCUACGAUGCUGUCCAAAGGGAGGACCAGAAGACACUGGGCCACCAAUUAGCCAGUUACUUGUCCAGUGGAGUACUCCCGUACUUACUUGUCGUAUCUCUCUGUUACAUUGUGCUGCAGUUUCUGGAGUUCUUCGUGCCUAGAAAGUAUAUUGAUAUUGCCAAAGACUACAAUCAUUCAAAUUUCCACGUACAACCAGAGGAAGAAGAACCGAAGAGAAGAAAAUAGUACAAUUUUGAGAAGCGUUUUCUACGCAGGGCUGCCGAAUGAAAGUAAUCACUGUACCACAGGCGUCAAGCAUAUUUCGUAAACUUGCUUAUCAAUCAUGCCAUUUCAAGCCAACAGAUAGGAGAUUAAAAACUAAUCACGAAUCAGCCAACCUUAGAUAGCAAUUAUAUUAUUUGAAUGUGAGACGAGGAAAAUUCUAGCGAAAUUUUCAUGUUUUUGUACAUAAAACAUUGUUAUGUCUUCAAAUAUUAUAUCAGUAAUAAAAACCGAGCAACGAGACAAUACUAGCGGUCCAGGGAAUGGGCAUUCUUCAGUCGAAUAAGCAUAGAUUUUCCGUAUUGUCUUCGUUACCUGAGUAAAAGGAGUCAGCAUUUAGUUUAGCAAUUAAAAUAUUUAUUUUUUCGACGUCUGGGAAAAUCUAGGAGAGAAUUUUAUUGAAAAUAUUAUUAGCUUUUUGUCGAUUCCGAAAUAUUCAAUAGGGAAUAUGAGUUUCCAAAAUUCCACAAAUUUCCAUCAAUUUUUUUUCACAACAAUUUUCUAAUUUCGAUCAUAUAUUAAAGAAAUUAAUGCUUACGAAUUUUUGUAUAAAUAAUUCCGACAAAAUCAGUUGCAUAAUAAUUUCAAAAUUUAUAAACUUUUCAUCAAAUUAUUUUCUAUUAAAAUUUUUUUCGUAAAAAACUGAAAGAGAACACGUCAAUUUUAGUUGAAUUCCAAAGAGAUCUCUCGCAGAAUUUUUUUCACGCGGAUCCUGUCCUUAAUUGACAUCACCUCAUCGCAAAUCUUUGCCAAAGAGUAUUAAUACUGGUGUAUUUUAUUUACAGAAAUAAUUUUCACAAUGAAAAAUAACGUAAAAUAACCAGAGAAUGUGCUUUGAUAUUGAUGUUUGCAUAAAAAAAAAUUAUGUCUAUUGAAUAUUAAUGGUAAUAUUGUUGAAUUACUUUCCGAUGAAUCAAGUACAAAAGAAGAAUAAAUGUUUAUCGCCGAAGAGUACAAUUUCAGAGGUGAAGGUCUCUCCAUUCAAGUCCAUGAUUGAUCAACUUUUCUGCAUAAUAACUUUUCUCUUCUGUUUCAAGUACAUAAAAAGUCUUCACUAUUAUGUGUUACUUCGAAAUGGAGACAUUUUUUUAGGAUUUUUUACAGGGGGAAGCAUAAUUAAUUAUUCUUUGAUUGGUUUGCUAAGGUCACAAAGUAAUAAUAAUAAGAGUUUAAUAUUGCGGAUUCAUUGCCCUCUACCCAUGUGGUCUACGAGGAAAAACGAAAAUUGCAUGUGCCUCAGAGAAUAAUAAAACUGUAUUUACAAUUAAA